GUGCUGACACGGGCCAACUCAGGGCGAUUGCUGCUAGGUUGGCUUCUGCAGCACUUCGCUUGCCGUGGCUGCUGCGCUGCAUCCCCAGACCGCCCUUCCGGAAGGAGGAGCAGGACACGCCACUGGACUACCGCAGCCUGGCCGGGUGGAGUGCCCACCCGCAGCGGCUCGCUGGCCAACGUGCAGUGGAGGAUGUGAAUCACCUCGCCACCCCAGUGGGCAAAGCAGUGGAGCCACCACCUCCGGUGGCUGACCGGCCAUGCGACUGCUUCUUCGUGCACGACUCCUGCUUGACCAUGCAGGAGUCCAUGCCGUUUCUUGGCGAGUUGGCACCAAGAUGGACUGCACCCGUCCAGGAUCGCCUGCCGCAGGAUCACGUCUCAGAGCUGAGGGCGAAGGUCGACGAACAGGUGGACCUCCGUGUGGCCGCCGGCGCUGCGCCGUUCAACCACCUUUGUCGAGUGUAUGCGCCGCGGUACCGCCAGGUGAACGUGGUGGCCCUGGCGCUGUACAUGCCCCCCUCCCCUGCCCAGCGCUGGGAGGACCUUCGCGGGGCCAUCGAGCUUGCCUACAAGGAUGUGGCCACUGCCUUCGUGCAGUUUGUGGAAGAUCCUGGGAAUGCUGGGAGGCCCUUCUUCCUGGCCGGGCACAGCCAGGGAACCAUGCACCUAAUGCGGUUGGUCCAGGAGGAGGUGGAGCCCUAUCCUGCCCGAAGGGACCGCUUCGUGCAUGGAUACCUCGCUGGUCAGACGGUUCCGCUUCGCAUGUUCCAGACUCUCCGCCACGUGCGGCCGAGCAUCCGGGCGACGGACAUUUGCUCAGUGUCGAGCUGGAGGACCGCUGCCCCACAGCACAUGGUUCUCGUGCACUGCGGGAUGAUCUUUCACAAAACUGGCUGGUUGCCGCUAACAGGCAAGAUCCUGGCCACGAAUCCGGUGACCUGGGAGGCGGGAGCUGGCAAGAGAGCCUCCCAGCCAGAAGAGUACCUCGGCGCCGCCUUUCCCCUGCCGGAGAACCUGGAUCCAAGGGAGAGCGAAGGCCUCGCGUCGGGUGUGGUGCUACGCUUCGGGAGGGUCGUGGCAUCAAAGACGUCGAUCCUCGGCGCCCGCCUGAAAGCGCUCAGCCCGGUUGAUUGCGGAGAAGUGACGGUGGUGGUUGACGAGCAUUCUGUGACUCGUGUGCCCAAAUUGCCCAGUACCUCACUCUUUGCUAUAGCAGAGCACGACUGGUUGAUGUACCACGACGUGGACAUAGCCCUCUUCCAUGGCAACCUCCAGGCCAAUGCUGAACAUCGGCAUCAGGCCUGGCAAAUGCGUGGGCGCAGCCGGAUGUGA